CUUUGCAUUGUUAUCGGAGCGUUGUGCCCCUUCUCCUGCUCCAGGGCCCCUAACGAGCCCUCUACUUGGAGGGCUCCCAGGGAGCUCGCUCCUGAUUGGCCAGCAGGCUGCCUCCUUGGGGUGACUCAUCUGAAAGCCCAGCUAGCACUGACGCAGAUAAACAACGCUCUCGCUGUUGGAAGCCGAGCCGCAAUCUCAACAGCCAACUCCAACACACCUGCUCCCUACAUCCCUACAACACCCCCCUCCCCAACUGCUGUGGCCAUCAAUCUCCUUAACCUUCUGAAGAUUGCGAACACCAUGUCCCAUCCUCUGUAUAACCCAUAUGGCUCUGGGAAUCAAAGUUCUACCCAGGGGCAGUAUGGACUCCCCAGUAUACAGGCAGAGAGGGACCAUCGGAGGGCAACUUCUCGUAUUGGACCUGGGUCUAGCUUCAGUUCUUCCGGAGCUUCCUCUGUGACUCCUGACAACUCUGGGGGAAUGCUCUCGUCGCUAACGUCUCAGUCGAUGAGCUACAGGCCUGAACACAGUAGGCCGAUAAUGGAUGAGGACAUAGAGAGGUCUAUAGACAUGCAUAUUAGCAGAGCCAGAGAGGAGGUGAGGGUUCUCGGCAAACCGAUGCAUCAGCCCAUAGACCAAGGCACUCGCUUUACCAGCACUCAAAGCGAUGAGUUUCGCUCCUCAGGCACAGGAAUGGCCUCCUACCCAAUGUCCUCCACCUCUGCUUCUCUAGGACAUAGACACUCGGACGUUGAAAGUGGCAGUAGGUCCUUGGACUGGUCGUCGAGCUACAAAAGGCCCACUGCUGAUGACUCUUCUAAAUUUUAUUCACAAUCUGCUUCGUCUUACUAUGCAAGCAGUAGUGACAGUAAGUUUAAUGCCUCCAGCGAAAGAGAGAACGAUAUGCAGUCCAUUCCAGGGUUAGGUGAUUAUGACUAUACAGUGCCAGACAAACCUGCGGCCCCUACAGAGUCAAGUCGACCCAAGUACACCUCUGAAUCAGCUGCUAACAUCCUUCUGAACUUUGGACUUGAAAAAGAGGACUUGGAACAUCUCAUCUCCUUCCCUGAAGACCAGAUCACUCCUGAUAACCUGCCGUUCAUCUUGCGCCAAAUCCGCAUUCAGAAGGCCAAGAGGGCUACAACAGCAGUUCAGCCCAAACCCUAUCCCGAACCCCAACCCAGCAGAAGCAUGAGUGGAAUGGACAGUCACAGUUUGAGUAGUUCUGGAGGGUCAGGGAUGCGCCAGGAAGAAAAGUCAUCAGCUUAUCUCCAGCCGAGUAAAGUGAUUGACUACGGACAUACUGGCAAAUAUACUGGAGGGGUUGCGGAUGAGAUUGGAAAGACCAGUGGCAGUAGAGCUAACAGUGGUGGGAGUGGAAGUAUGUUGCUGAUGGACACUUACAAUAGUAGCAGCCACAGUCGAAAACCACUGCAAAAAAAUACAACAGAGGUGAAAAGCAGUGCCUUGGGCUCUUCACGUGAGCAGACGAGUUCUGUUACCAGUCUCAGCUCUUUGUACAGUUCAGUACUGAGCUCUGUGGCUCCCCCAAGCAAUGAUCCGACCAAACGAUUGCAGACCCAUCCAAACCAGACUUCCCAAACAAUCCUCAGCUCUUUCUCUCUGCCGAAGAAAGACACAGACAUCAGAGUUCUCAAGUCUGAAGCCUCCAAAUCUGUUCCUUUGAAAGAACCAGAGGCAGAUCGCCAGUCAAUGUUGAAAACCCAACCACCAUGCACUCUGUUUCGUGGUGUGCAUUCCAGCCGACCCGGCCUUGUGCUCAUUGACACUAAGGAUCAGAGUAAAACCCGAGGUCAAGGGUCAACAGUUGCUGAGCAGAUUAAAAAGCAGCAGACCCAGCAGCAGAUGCAGCCAAUGAAGCAACACACUCAGCAGCAGACGCAGCAGCAGACGCAGCAGCAGCCGCAAGCAGCCGGCAUCUCAGACGGUGCAAGCGAUGUGGCCUCCUUUUUUUCCUGCUGCGAAAUCAGUUCCACCUGCUCCUCUCGUCCCCAGCAUCAUAUCCCUGGUGGUCCUCGCCCCAUCGUUUUUCCUCCAGCUCUGCCUCAGCCAAUCCCAAGCCUGAUGAGCUUCAGUCACAUGAUGCUGCCGACUUCCAACAGGCAGCCUCCAGCAAAGGAGGCAGUCUCCAAGAGUCUGCCAACGCCGGCCAUGAUGCAUGACUAUGCGGCGGCCUCGCCGAGAAUCUUUCCACAUACCUGUUCUCUGUGUAACAAAGAAUGUACUCAUAUGAAGGAUUGGAUCUCCCACCAGAACACCAGCCUUCAUCUUGAGAACUGCAAAUUCCUGCGAAAUCGAUUCCCAGAGUGGGAUGGUGAAAUAGCACUCGGGCCCAGAGCUGCAGAUAAAGAUGCCAAGCCCUCGACCUCAACCUCUGCACAGACGUCCCAGCAUCGUCACCAGAAAACCUUGCAUGGAAGCCGCUCCAGUUCCCGCUCGCCCAGCCCCCGUCGCCGCUAUGGCUCAGAGGGUAGAAGGGAGAAACGCAGUAGCCGAUCACGAUCGCCGCACAGCUCCAGAUACAAUCGCAGGUCUCAUUCUCGCUCCCCACGGUAUGAGCGCCCGACCUCCUCCCGUUAUCGGUCACAUUCAAGGAGUCCUGAGAGACGAUCGUCGCCAAGGAGGAGAGAAGAGAAACGGUUCUCACCAAGGAGGAAUGACGAGAGACGAUCAUCUCCAAGGAGGAGUCGUGAGAGACAAUCGCCACCAAGGAGGAGUGACGAGAAACGGUCCUCACCAAGGAGGAAUGACGAGAGACGAUCGUCUCCAAGGAGGAGUCGUGAGAGACAGUCACCACCAAGGAGGAGCCGUGAGAGACAGUCACCACCAAGGAGGAGUCGUGAGAGACAGUCACCACCAAGGAGGAGUCGUGAGAGACAGUCACCACCAAGGAGGAGCCGUGAGAGACAGUCGGAGGAGUCCAUCACCACAACAUCCCCUCAACGAAAGAAGUCAAGCAGUGCAGAGAGACUGGCUAAGAAACUACUGGAAACAACAGCUGUCCAGUCUCUGUCACAACAGUCUGACCUGGAGUCUGUGGUUAAAACUCUGGCUCCUGCCUUACUGGCCGAGCUAGCCAAGAUGAAGUCCUCCUCAUCGUCCUCUUCCAAAGGAGGAAAACCCUCCUCAUCUUCUCCCUCUGCAGGAGGAAAGAGAUCAUCUUCUACUGCCUCUUCCUCAUCCUCCUCCUCUACAGUAAAGAAGGAGUCGACUAAAUCUUCACCUCAAACCACGGUGACACUAGAAGGGAUUCGUAGUUCUCUCUCACACAACGAUGUGAUCGUGGCUGUGGAGCACUUUGGAAAAACCAAGUCAGUUACAAUCUAUCGGUCCAAACAGGAGGCAAUCGUGCGUUUCGAGAAAGAGGAAGACGCAAAGAAAUUGAAAGGCAUAAAGAGCCUUGACGUGAAAGGAAUGGCAGUCACUGUUGUCAGAGAAAAGGAGACAGAUUCUAAGGAGCAAAAGAAGCCUCCUCAGAAAAAACCCGCCACAUCCAGUGUCUCCACACCUCAAACCACUAAAUCCACCACCACCACUAAAAAGGUUCUUCUCAAUACACCUAACAUGCCUCCACUUAAAGGGCCUUUACCCCCUGGAGCCAACAAAGUUACAGCGGACAAACUUACCAAUCAGAAGAUUGCAGCUAAAGACUCAGUAAAAGGCGUAGUAACGACUGUCACUAAAGCAAAAGUCUUGGUUUCAAAAGCAAAAAACGUCUCAACCAAGCAGAUAGCUAAAACGGUAAAAACAGAAAAGUUGCCUGUGAAGGGAGCUGUAAAAAAGGCUGUUGUGAAGCAAAAAACAUCCUCAGGAUCCAAGUCUGCUGCUCCAGAACAUCAGCCUGACGCUGGUGACUCCAAACAAAAAGAAUCUGUGGUGGUGCUGAAAGAGACAGCCGAGGUUGAAAAGGCAAACGGGACAGUUAUUGAAACAAGAAAAGGCAAAGAGAUUGUCACUGAAACAAAGGUCUUGGCCUCCGAAGCAGAAACGGACUCAGCUACGCCGAAACCCAAAACUCCAGCGGACAAGUUGGCUGCAGCAGGAGCUGUGGCAAAUGAAAAGGUUAAAGAAACUGCUGCAAAGGCCGUGAGUGUGCCUUCCAAAUCUACAGCUUCAGAAAAUCGCCAUGAUGUAAAAAAUUCCAAGCCUAAAGAAUCUGAAACCAAGGUUCAAGAAGCUGUGGUGGUGCCGAAAGACACAGCCGAGGUCGUGGAAACAGCAAAUGUGACAGUUUGUGAACCUAAGCAUCAAGCAAAACUUGAUGACGCUGAAGACGCUGAACCAAUGGAGCUUGGGGAAACAGGAGUUAAAGUGGCAGAGCCCAUGGAAGUUGUAAGUUGUGCUGUACCAGAAAAUUCAGCAGACAAACCUAGUGAUAGUCAACCACCAAGCAGUACAGUUGAGACCCAGCCAACAGAAACGUCUGUCAAAGCUUUGCCACACGUCCAGCAAAGCACCCUGUCAGAACCAGAGUCCACUGCGCAAGGACCCGAGACCAAGACAGAGGCUUCACAAAUGCAGACUGCAGGACGCCCAACUGAAGCCGCUGUGGAGCCAAAAACAGUGCAAAAGGAUCCUGUGACUGCAGCGAAGAUUCAAACAGAUGCAGCAUCAGCCAGUGAUGCAUCUGUCACAACUGAGCCAACAGCUGCAGCGGUGAGAGAGCAGCAACCGGCAGCGUCCACGCCGUCUUCGACUGCAGUUACCCCUCUGACUGUUGGGGAGAUGGUAGAAAAGCACCUGGAUCCAAAGAGAAUAGCGUGCCUCAAGUCGGAAACCUGCUUCUCACCAAAAUUUUUUGAACUUGGUCAGAAGCAGUUGCUCAUAACCGGACUGCCGAGGUAUUACGAUGGCUGCUACACAGAGGAUGAUGUUGCCAAACUGCUCAUUCCAUUUGGGUUUCAACAUAAAGAUGAGAACAUCUAUGUUGUUCCUCAGACGUGCAUGGCCUUCAUCCAGAUGGCGACACCAGAGAAUGUGCUCAACAUAAUUAAUGUCACUGCGAGGAAAGACAUUUUUUUCAAAGGAUCUAAACUCUGUUUCCAUGUAAUAGCCAACAGCAUUACAAUGACACCGUUUGAGUUUUAUAAAUCGCUGAUGAAGCUGAUGAAGUCUCGUGUGCAAGAUGCUGGAUUGAAUACAGUCUUCAUCAAGAACAUUUCACCGAGUGAAACCAGGGACCUCAGGGAAGCUCUGAGAAAAAUCAGCUCUGUCAGGAACUUCCUGCCUCUCCUCAACAAGGUAUUUAUAGAAUUUGAGUCUGUUCGUGAUGCUGAUCGGCUCGGAGUUUGGUACAGUCUCCUGAAACAAGCCCCUGGACACGAGGUCCACAGGCUGAAAAUACCAAACGGUUGCUGUACAUCACUACCACCAAGACUUCCUGAGAACGCUCUGCCGGACAGCAAGGACAUUGUUACCGGGGCAACUGUCCCGCCAAUAAAAUUUGGCGUUCCACAGGGCAGCAUUUCACCAUUUUGGGUCACGAUGAGAACUAGUCCCUUCCUGUUCCCUACCAUGUCUCCUUGGUUCAUCAUCCCAGAUUACCUGACAGUCAGAGGAAAGGACGACAUUGAGGUAAGCCCAUUUCUCUCUAUAACUUCACCCAGUUUACUUGCUUUUAUUUUUGUUUUUUAUAUUCAAAUGAAGUUCAUCCAAAAACCAGAGAUGAUGUACAAAAGCCUGAUGAAGUGGAGCAACGCUGGAAUUCCAGAGUCAAAGUCUCUGGAGGAGCGGUUACUGUGUGUGGAGAUUUCUUUGGUGUCUGUGGACGUCAUCAGGGUGGUCAUGGAAGUGGUGGCAUCCAUCACAACCUUUGUCAGCUUCCUGCCGCUCGCCAACAGGAUCUGCAUUGAGAUGGCUGACUCCAGCGAUGUGAUGCAGGUGGUGAAGAAAUACAACACUUUCUCACUGGACUCUUGUAAAAAGCGCACACUUUGGAGUAAAGUUCACCGUUUUGAGACUUUGAAGAGCCUAAAACAGCGUCUACAAGAUUCUAGUGAGAUCACAAUAAACUUUGAACCGGACACCAUCGAUGUCAAAGCCAAGCCCCCAGCUGUGAAAACCGGUGGCCCUGGUGGGUCCGCCAUACCUGAGCCCAUCACAGCAGGACCAAGUGCCACAGCAAUGGAGGAGGACGGUGAGAAACCAGGUACUGAGAUCGCCAUGGACUCCACUGUUGGUCCCGAGACGAAUAAAGGUGUAGAGAAAGUAAAGGGGGAAGAGGGGUCACUAAUAACUUCAGUCUCCACUGCUGAUGUGACCUCUGCAGUCAGCAGUGGAAACACAGUCCCUGCUGCUUCCAGCCCUGCCCCCUCAGCCACAGCACUCAUGCCUGAAGAAAACUUUGCAGAACUUCCUCGGAUUAACGAGGACAUUUUCAAAGCCCUCACGGCGGCAGUUCGCCAGCACAGACUCACCCGCGGGAGCAGGUCCAAGAGCGAGGAGAAGAAGAGCCCCAGCAAAACCAACCCAAGCUCGAGAACUUCAACGGCUGAAGAGACACCACAAAUGGGUCAGGAUGAUUUUACAGAUGACACCGUUUCUUCAGACGCCUAUCUUUUUGAUGAGCAAAAUUUCAACAUGGAUGACUUUGUCACUCUUGAUGAAGUUGGUGGUGAUGUGGAAGACACAAGCCCUGAGCCUCAUAGAUCCUCAUCAUCAUCCUCCAGAGCAAGAAGAGAAAUGCAGAGAAAUGUGUCAUCCGCUGGCAAACGGUCGUCACAGAGGUCUUUGAAAGACUCUAAGAGCUCAGCCUCUUCCUCAUCCAAGUCAACCAAAGGUUUAAGCUCUUCUAACUCAAGCUCUGUAUCAUCAAAAAAGUCCAAGGACUCAUCUGAGCCCACCAAAUCCCCUGCCAAACCCUCGUUCUCUGCCAGUGUCAGCAAGGCCUCCUCAUCUUCGUCUCCACUGUCUGCUGAAACCUCUUCCUCCCCUGGUCAGAAAACACAACAGAGACAAGACAAGACAAAAUCUCCAUCCAAACCAUCAAAUACUGCAUCCUCUGGUUGUAGUUCCCGCUCAGCCUCCGCUGCAUGUGAAAGGGAGAAGAUAACACCAGCAGCAGCUGUCAAGGCAUCAAUAGAGACUCAUCUGGAGCCACUUAGAGAAGAAGCAAAAGACACAGAGGGCGCAGUGGCAAAGGCUGACCACAAAGUGUCAGCACAGGGCUUUGCUGCAAAAACUGUUGAGUCAGAGACAAAAAUAGAAACAACAUCAGAGAUGCAUCCACCUCCACAGAGACAUGAAGUAGCGUUGAGCCAAGCCCAGAGUCUGGAGACUGAUUUUAAUGUCAACAACCUCAAAGACCAGGAGAAAACCAAAGACGAAGGGAGAGAAGAUGAUGUUGACAAACACACAGAGGAGGAGGAGGGCGACGACAGUGAAAAUUACCAAAUCAUCGAUUCACUUGAUGAUCAAAUAGAUGAACAGAUGGAUGAUGGGGGCCAAGACGACAGCUCUGAAACCCAACUAACUGGACCUGAGGAAGGCCAGACUUUGAAUGAGGAAAGCUAUCAGGUCUUGGACAGUGCUGACAAUGAAAGCAAAGCCCGCCCAGAGGAGUACAAUGAAAUGGAAAUGGACGGUUCUUUAAAAGUGUUAGACAGUGUUACCGACGACCAAGCAGCUACAGGUCAAGAGGACAGUCGCCUGGUCCAAGAUGACGGUUCCACAGUAAAGCAACUGUCUGAGGAAGAUGCAGUUCCAGUAGUCGACAGAUCUGAUGAUGCAGUUAAAGAUGCAGUAGGUAAAGAUCAGGAGACAAAUAACAAAGAUCAUUUCCAAGUGUUAGAUACAGGUAGCAAACAAGCUCCAAGGGGUAAGGGAGAUGGGAAGAAGAAGGAACAAGAAGAAGUCAAAGCAAAAAUGCUUUCAGCAGAAUCCUGCAAAGCCUCCCAAGAUGUGGAAAAUCCUGAUGGCCGAAUCCCAAAUGAAGACCAGCCUCUUCAAGACCGCGACAACAAAGACACUUUAAGAGACCCUGACAGUGAUGUUACUGAACAAGAAACCUUUGAGGUAUUGGAUUCAAUUGAUGAUCAGACUGCAACGGAAGAUGGCAGCCAAAAACCUGAAACUCCCAGUGAGCAAAUAUCUAAAGAAGACAUUAGGCCCGUAGAGCAAGAGGAAGACACACAUCAAGUAAUUGAUUCUUUGAAAGAUCAGCCAACGACUACAGAGACCGAGUCAGGGACUGACAACCAGGAAAAAAGAACCAAGAAAGGGGAAGCGACCGCUAGAAAAGAUGAAAGACCAUCAAAGAGGAGUAGCCCUGCAACCUCCGCAUCCAAAAGUGAAGAGAAGGAGAAAUCGCCAAAGAAACAGGACAGGACGGUUAAAAGAUAUGAGACACGGACGAAGAUGGACACCACUGCAGGAGUUUCUAAAAAAGACAAAGAGGUCACCGAGGAGAUGGUGUAUGAGAUAGUAGAUUCUGUUGAAGACGAACCGGUUAAGGAUGCCUCCACCACAGAAAGGUCUGGCAGAAGGAGGAGUGCAAGAGGAAAGAAAGAUGAUAAAAUUACAUUGAAUCUCACAGAAGUGUCUGAAAAACCAGAGGAGGCUACUUACAAGAUUUUAGACUCUGUGGAGGACGAGACUGCCGAUGAUGAACCGACCGUGACGACAAGAUCUACCAGAGGAAAAAGGGAAAGAGCGACUAAGAAAGAUGCUUUGAAUGAGGAAACAAAAAAAGAGAACACGCCAACGAGGAGGAGGCACACUCCUGCCAGAGAGUCACAGGAACGAAACAGGGAAAAAACACCAAAGAAAGAGGAGAAAGCCCCUCCAAAAUAUAGCACACCAACAAAGCAGAGUGCCAUUGUUGUAAGAGAGGUAAGUGAGGAGGAUGCUACCAAUGAAAUAUCCUCUAUGGAGGACGAGGUUGUUAAGGAUGAUCGGCCCGCUACAGGAGGAAAAGGAAAAAGGGGAAGACCAAAGAAAGAGGUUAAAACAGCUAAAAAAGACAGCAGAACAUUAAAGAAGGGCGACAAAGACGCACCCGAAAAAGCGGCUGAUGAAGAAGAGGCGACAUAUCAGAUUCUUGAUUCUGUGGAGGACGAGACGGUUGCCGAUGAGCCCCCCACAGGACAGUCUGAGAGUGCGAGAAAAGAGAACAUUUCUAUAAACGAUGACGUGCCCAAAAAUGAGGAGGAGGAGGAGGAAGAACCUAUGUAUCAGAUUGUAGAUUCUCUUGAAGACGAUCAAGUUCAAGAAGAGCUGACGGCCACAGAGGUGUCUGAUAAAGGGAGGAAGGAAAAAAGUAAGACGAAAGAUGAAACUCUUACAAAAGAAGAUACACCAACAUGUGGUAGCACAGUUAUGGAAGCGUCCGAAAAAGUGGUCGUCGAGGAGGAAAGUCUGUAUCAGAUAGUUGACGAUUUAAAGCAGGUACAUAACGAUUCCCCUGGUAAGAGGAAUAAGGAAAGUACACCCAAAACAGACAUUAAGAAACAGGACAAAUCAACAACUAAGUCCCAAAGUGAUACUGUGACCCUGGAAGAGAAAAAGAAACAAAAAUCACCUGAGAAAAAUGACACAAAGGCUGCAUCGAGCACUCUGGUGAACCUGGACGAAGUGAGCGAGGAGGAGGAGGAUUACCCUGACGACACGGCCGAGGAGGAAGAACUGAGGAAAAGGCAAGCCACCACAAAAGAGAAGCAGUUCGCCAAUAAGCGAGAAGCAAGGAGGACCAAGGAGAGGAGGACCAGGGAGAGAGAGGAGAGGGAGCGAAGGAGCCGGAGUAGUAGCAGCAGCAGCAGCGGAGGAGGGGACGACAGCAGGAGAGGGACAUGGCGGGUGAAGGAGAGGGGGAGGGAAAAUGAGGAGGAGGUGGAGGUAGAUGCCCAGGAACUGGUGACUCUGGAUGAGGUGGGAGCAGAUGAGGCAGGAGAGGAAAGAGCUCCAGAGAGCCGAGAGCAGGAUGGGGAGAUCACGGAGGGAGAGCUGCAGGCACUCGUCACUCUGGAUGAGUUCGUAGAGGAAGAGGAGGAGGAAGAGGCCGAGCGAAGCACGCUGGAGACCCGCCCACUCAGCCAGGAGGACGAAUCAGUGCACUCCUUAAAUGCCGAGACUUUGGUGACUUUAGAUGAAGCUGGCGAUGAUGAGGAAGAGAAGCCGGACGAAGAGCAAGCUGAGAAAACGUCAAGAUCUUCCAAACGCAAACACGCCGAUGACACAGAGGAAAGUAUGAACUUUGUGACGGUAGAUGAGGUCGAAGAGGAAAAGGAAGCGGUAACACCCAGGACAAGAGGCCCAACCAAGAAGAGAGCCAGACAGACCCCUGUGAGAAAAUCUACCAGAGGGAAAAAAGUGAACGCAAAAGACAAGAGGGAAGAAGAAAAGGAACCAGCUGGCGCUGACGUGCUGCCUCUUGCAUCACUCGAUGCCUCCUCGUCAUUGGACAAAGAUCCGUCUACGUUGUCGAGCGACAGCCAGCCGGAGAUCCAGAAGACAGAGGUGGAAGCAGCGAGCCAAGCCAACGUCGACGCUGCCUCUGGUUCUCAGGGUGCUCCGGCUGCAGCUCCUGCCCAGCAGACACUGAAGGGAUGUGUGCAGGAAGGAGAGGAGGAGAAGGAAAGAUGGAGCAGGGCGGACGUUAAAGUUGUGAGUAAACGGAGGAGGGAGCUUGUUGGACCUGAAGCAAAGCGAUCUCAUUCUCAGUCUCCUUGUGUCACUGCCGACUUCAAACUGCCGGCUUUUAAACCCAACAACCCCCUUGGUCAGGAGUUUGUGGUCCCCAAAUCAGGGUAUUUCUGUAACCUCUGCUCUGUUUUCUACCUGAACGAGAGCACCGCCAAGGACCUCCACUGCAGCAGCCAGAGACACUACGACAACCUGCAGAAACAUCACCAGAAGCUUCAACAGAAAUCAUCAAGAAGUUCAACACAAAGUUCUCAAAACUCCAUUUCUGAUUGAUCCUGAUUUCAAAUACUGAUUUAUUUAUUUAUUUUUUGUUAAAAAUGUAAAAACGAUGAAGCCGGACAAGUGAAACAUCUGCAGCUUUACAAACCACUGCAUAGAUAAUCCACGUUAGUCAUAGUUGCGCCUUGUUUCAUGUAAAUGAUAUCAAUUCUACAUCUACCAUAAUACCUAAUAAAUAUUUUAGCAUGAAUUGCCCCAUUGGGAUUCAAACUCCCUCCAACUCUACAGUUUUGGUGCCUUGCUCUGCCCACAGCUGCAGUUAUGUUGCAUCUGUUGUGUUCUGGAAAAACCGGAAACAUGAGCUGAGUUUCAUCAAGUCAGCAACGGUUACAUAUUAGUUUAGAACUUUAAAAGGUGCUACAUGACCUCUCUUACUCAUUAAUAAAUAAUUACAACAGCAUUUUUGAGAUGAUUAGUUUAGUCACCCCACACAAACAAGAGUAGAGUUGCUGUUAAAGGAGCAGUGUGUAGGAUUUAGUGGCAUCUAGUGGUGAAAUUGCAGUUUGCAACCAUUUUGAAUACUGCUCGCCUCACCCUCCCCUUUUAGGCAUGUUGGAGAAACUACAGUUGUCGCAAAAAACAUGAAAGUCCCUAUUUAAAGUCAGUGUUUGGUUUGUCCAUUCUGGGCUACUGUAGAAAUGUGGCGGUACAACACGGCAGACUCUGUGAAAGGGGACCCGCUCCCUCUAUAGAUAUAAACAGCUUAUUCUAAGGUCACGAUUCUUAUUUUCAGGUGAUUAUACACUAAUGAAAACAUACUUAUGAAUAUUAUAUUCAUUCUGCCUUAUUCUGUAAAUAGAGCCUCCUAAAUCUUAUACACUAAAUGUUUAAUGAAAGAUAGUAAAAUACAUUCAUCAUGUUUAUACUUCUGAGAAAGAUAGGAACAGGAAUCAGCGGUGCUGAAGGAAAUUAUAUGGUCUUAAUAACCGUUCUUUGUUUCUAUUUGAGUAGUGAAAUAUAUCAUCUUCACCCUGGUCUUAUUUAGGUAGUAAAGGUAUAAUCUUGUUACAUAAUUAAAUCUGGUAACAUUUUGUUGUAACGUGUAGCACCUUUUGAAGGAUGAACUGCUACUCUGGGAGCUCAUUAACUCGUUUUUUUAAAUUGUAUAAAUGAAGCAGAGAAUUUCUUCUUGCGGAUGAUGUAAAAAGAUUAGAAAAGUGUCAACAACUACUUGAGCUUUAUUAGCCAUGCAAGUAAAAAACUGUGAGAUCUGAUGUUUCAGCUUGAAUUUGUACAGAACCAAACCAUAUGAGGAUGUUUUCUUAACAAUUAGACAAACACUAGCAAACAUUUUGUCUCUCAAUGACAAUGUGAAGACAGUUUUCUUAUUUUUUCUAGUUUUGGAGAUAAUUUUUUAUGUCAACAAUAAUUCAUUUAACUGUCAGUCAUUACAAAUCAUAGAUUAUGUUAUAGGAUGUUUUUGUUUUUCUUUCCUUUUUUUUUUUUUAAAUUUUUUCUGAAAUGGCACCUUCUCCCAGUUUCUGCACAUGCAGAACAGACAGACAUGUAUUUUUUUAUGUUAAAAUAUUUGUGUUAUUAACAGAAAAUAAUAGAAUUUUGACAUGUAAUUACACAUUAAGUCAGUUUUUUAAACCUGUAGUUUUUGGGAAAAUCAUAAAAGGUACCUGACAGUUUCCAAAGGUCGCUUUUAUGAUUGACUUGGUUUCAUUUAAGGUCAUCUGGUGCCAUUUCUUUAAACAAGGGUCCAACUUGUUGAAUUGUUUCUGUUGUACAGUUUACUUUGUUCUGUUUCUAAAAAACGUCAAUUAAAAACUGAGUGUCUCA